GUGUUGUGAGCCUUGUGACGUCUCGACUGGGGUUUCUUCAACACAUUUCACCGACCGUUUGUUGGUGCCCGACUCAUGCCCGGCGAGACCCGCCGCAGCGCAUAAUAACUCGAGGGGAUUGUACCUUGAAUUGCGUGUAAGACAUUUCAAUUCACUUUGAUUUAAUGAAGAUCAUUGAUUCGGGCCUAUCUGUCAGAAUAUCGAGUACACUGGAGAACCGCGAACCCGAAUCGGGCGAGAGGACCGAUCUCUCUCAUCUUUAUGGGGUUAGGCUUACUGCAAAAGCCGCUGAACGCUUCGACGCCCACUCAUAAAAUAAUCGUGGUCGCAGUUAUUGCUUUCAAGCUCGUUGUGCCGUCAUCUAUAUUGAUUGAGAAGUCGAGCUGUUGAGAGCGAGUGUAAGAAAAUAUGUCCAGCCGCAACUGGGAUCUUAGUUGUAAAGUUUACAUUGGCAACUUGGCCAACCACACUUCGCGCCACGACAUCGAGUCGGUGUUCGCCAAAUACGGCAGCCUGCGCGAUGUUUGGGUGGCACGUAAUCCGCCUGGAUUUGCCUUCGUCGAGUUUGACGACUCUCGCGAUGCAGAGGACGCCGUACGUGCGCUUGAUGGAUCCAGGAUUUGUGGAGCACGCGUGAAGGUAGAAAUGUCACACGGCAAACGACGUAACGGUGGAGCCCGAGGCGGAAGGGCUCGCAGAUCUCGCUCUCGCAGCUACAAUCGCAGAAGAUCGUACUCGCGCAGCCGUUCAAGGUCAAGGAGCAGGUCGUAUGGUCGAGACCGCCGUGAUGGGGCUGGUCGCCGGGACAGAAGUUAUUCACGAAGUCCCUCAAGGUCUCGCUCCAGAGACAGAUCAAAAAACUUCGAGGGAACAUCUGCGGCUCUAUCACUAUUUGAGAGUACAUUUAUUAGUGAAUGGUUCGCGAUCAUGUCUAGCCGCGACUGGGACCUCACUUGUAAAGUAUACAUUGGCAACCUUGCUAAUCACACCUCGCGUCAUGACAUAGAAUCCGCAUUUUCGAAGUAUGGCAGCUUGCGUAACGUUUGGGUAGCGCGCAAUCCACCUGGAUUCGCGUUCGUCGAAUUUGAUGAUUCGCGCGAUGCUGAAGAUGCUGUACGCGCUUUAGAUGGAUCAAGGAUCUGCGGUGCGCGAGUGAAAGUUGAGAUGUCGCACGGAAAGAGGCGUAAUGGAGGUAUUCGUGGAGGUCGUGGGCGCCGAUCCCGCUCUCGUAGCUACGACCGCAGGAAAUCAUAUUCACGCAGUCGUUCAAGAUCUAGGAGCAGGUCAUACGGCAGGGACCGCGGAGCUCCGCGUCGUGAGCGAAGCUACUCAAGGAGUCCUUCAAGGUCGCGCUCCAGAGAUAGGCACUAAGCUGCCAGCGUAGUGAAUUGCACGAGAACAUGUGUCGAUACGUAGAUUGGAAGCUAUUAACAAGGUGAACAGCAGCUCAACAACUGAGGCAAGGGGCCUGAUCAGCUAGGAUAACGCCUCAUAAUGUCCGUAGGGGAGGUCGGAGGCUGAAGAAAAAGCGCUAGAAACUGAUAUAUAUAAGGCGAACGGUAGAUGAAGACCGAUCGAUUUAUAAAAGCUAUAAGUUCUAAAACAUCGCUAUGUUGUAAUGUAAGAAAGGACACGUUGGCGAAUAAGCCAUCUUCGAGAGGUCUAUGGUGUGGUUUCACUGCUUGGGUUCGGUGAUUAUAGUAGAAGAGGAGAUGCUGAGACGGCGUUUUCCAAUUGUAAACUUGGUAAUGAAGAAUGACAAAAUAAUCAUAAAUUAUUAUUAGUACUUGUGAUGGUAAUUAUGAUUAUUUUCAAUUGUGUAUAUUGUUUAAAUAACUAUCCGCACAGUUCGGUUAUUUAUGUGAAAAGGACAAUACCAUAAUACUAGCUAAUUAUGUGCUACGAGGCUAAUAAUAAUUAUGAUAGAGGAAAGUGUAUUAUGAUCUUUCCUCCAGUGUUUGCGUAAAAGUAAUUUUUGGCAAACAAAUAAAUGCACUGGGAAAAUGAAUGCACUGAAGCGCCAUUUCUGUUAACAUUAUUUAGUUUAACAAGCAUCGGAUAAGCUAAAAUGUCAUUCGUAAAUAUUGAGAGGAUAAGUUGUUGAUGAAAUUGCAGACAUUUAAUAUCUUUUCAGCCUUUUGAAAUAUAACUUCCUAAAUAUUAAGGUUUCUUGGUACUACAUUAUUAUAUUGAGGGCUUUGUGCGGUUGUGAAUUACAACGCGAUGCAAUAGACUCACAACAGAACAGGCAUUUUUAUGUAAUGAUUAUUAUAAAGAUCCUUUAGACUGAAUUGUCGGAAAAAAUGAGUCAUGUUGGUUUUAUGAUUUGAUUACCAAUUUCUUAAUUAGUUACCAAACUCAUUUUAUAUACGUAUUCUGGAGAUACUCGGACAACUAGCAACUGCAUAUUUUAAAUCAAAUACGUUUCUUGAUAUGAUCAGCAACAAAUCAACUGUGUCGUUCAGCUGUGUUUAAUACUGAGUCGACCAUUUACAAAAAAAAACGUGUAAAAAGGAAAUACCGUUGAAAUUCAGAGUUUUUCAUACCCUAACAAUUGAAUUAUUGACUAGGGUAGCUGAAACCCUUUUAGAUUAAGUCAUAGGUAGUUUAUGUUAUCCGUGGUACCAGAAGUUUUUAAGAAGUAAAGAUUUCCAUGCACUAAAAAAAUUAAAUGUGUACAUUUGUGAGGUCUCGGCACCAUGUGUAACCAAAAGAGCAGUUAUUUUCCUUUAAUGUUAAUUUUGUGUUCUUACUGUGUUAAAUGGUUCAAAAAGUUCCAGCGGUUUUUUUUAAUUUGUUUUACUUUUACUUAUGUUUGACUGGUUCUGGCCAAUUGUAAUAUAUCCUUCGAAUCGCUUCCUCUUCUCUGCAAAACUAUUGCAAUUGUAUUCUACAAUGAACAACAGCAUUUUACCUUGUGCAUGAGAUAAAAUUUACUUCACUGCAGAACGCAACCACAGCGUAUGAAAGAUAUAGCAGGCGCUUUCGAAUGACGUAUAACAUUUGGAAAUAUGCAGGCGAAUAAUAAAGCAAAAACGAAAAUUUGAAACAAUCGAAUGAACUUCUUUGACCUUAUUUGGCCUAAUCAAUAGUGAUGAUAAUUUAUAAGUUUUAUAUAUUUUAUAAGCCAAAGAACUGACGAAUUAUACAUUCCGCUACCCUGCACGGCGUAUCUAGCUCUGCGCAUUUUUUUUGUCAGUGUUAGCUAUUAUAUUAUUACGCAUAUCAGAUACACGUUCCGUUCAUAGCAUCCUUAAUUCGCAAUAAGUCCUCUGUAUAGCUAAAUAGAGUAACCUUACUAACCUAGAGAACUAAAAAUAAUGAAAAGCAAAAAUAGAGAAUUGUAGUAUGGUUCUCUCAAAAAAUGUUCCAGAGUCGGAAGCUAAGACACACUCCAAGCCGAGGGUAGGCGUAAUAUUAAAAAUCACUUAAAUGCUCACGAGCACCACGAUUUAGGAGAUCGUAUUCAGAAUGAACACCGAGUUUCAAAGUUUCAUGGCACCAUCACAUCAAGA